GUCUAUGCAUUAAAUCGUGCUUAUAUAAAAUAUGCACGGAGAUAGACAUAUUCUGUGAUCAUACCAAGAGUAGUUGCCUUUAUUUAUUAUUUUUUUGUAGUUAUUAAUUCAUUAAUUCAUAAUUAACAAUUUUACUGUAUUAGAGUAAUUUUUACCUUUUAGUUAGAUCAAUUUUGUUUGUUAUUCGUCAUGGCUCUGCGAAUUCUUUUCAAAAACAUUACGUUAAGAAGUGGAAUGCCUUUGCAAUUAAAUAAUUUAGUAUGCAAACGUGAUUCAUCGUACCGUUCAAGCCCAAUAGCUCAAGAUCCAUCAUGUUAUGCCAAGUAUGAAGUAUCAUCUUCUCCAGAAGAAUGGAAAUUUGUAGAGAGACUACUUCCGUCAACUCUUAUACCAACACCAUCUGACAGGAAAGAUUUGCCAUCAGGAUGGCAGCCACAAACAGCAACAUUUGGAGAAUAUCCUUACUUUGUCCAUCGCUCACGUAAUCAUAUGCUACCUGUAUAUCUUAAAGUUUCCAUGAGAGGAACAAGACGUAUAACUCAAAUAAAUAAUGUUGAUGGUAACAUAUGGGCAUUAGAAGCAGCCAUAAAGAAAUAUUUGACAAGAGUGUAUGGCGAUAAAAAAAUAAUAGCUACUAAAGUACAUGAAGUAUGUGGUCAUUUAUGUAUUCAUGGGGAUCAUGUAUCAAAAGUUAAGGAAUGGUUACUCAAGAAAGGUUUGUAAAGAAAAUAAUAGAAUACGUAAAAAAAAAAAAUGUAAUAUAAAAAUGAAUUUACAAUAAAAUUUAUGUAAAAGUAAACUAAAAUUGCACUUGACUUAA